UUCGCCGUCACACAGUCAUACAGCAUCUCGUUGCGAACUCGUAUCCAGCUCAGGUCGAAAUCGUGUGUAGCGAACAAGGGGAGGAACGACGACUAGGGAAAUGUCCGUCUGCUGACAAAAAACAAGGAAAGGAUCGCAGUGUUUUCCCCAAAAUCUCGGUCUCCAGUCCGGUGCGCGUAGCACGUUCAUCUCGAGUCAUUGUUGUCGCUUUCAGGAGCACUUUUCUCGCCCGAAAACGAGUCUUGCCCUUCGCUGCGUCGCUACAACGUCGGAAAUUGUGUGAAAACAUUUCGUGAAAUUCGUGUGCGGAACGGCUGUCGUGUUUUUUUCAGCGGCCAGACAGGCAGAAAUCAGGUCCGGUGCUCGGCCCGCUCGGGUUUUUUGCCCUCGCGCGUCCGUCGUGAAGACUCCGAAAUCGAAAGGGAAGAAAGGAAAUUGCGAACGAGCUUGGCAGCAGCCCCGCCGAGCCCGCGACCCGUCACCCACAGUCGCCCGGGGGGCUUUUGUGGCCACUCGCCGCGACCAGGUUCAAGAUUCUCUGUGCAAAGUGAAGUGAAGUUUGUUUCUCGCGAAAUCGUCCGAUCGGGGAUCUGUGCUCGGCGGAGGAGCGCGUUUUGGUCGGCGUGUGGAUAUGCGGCUGCCUUUUUGUCCGUCGUCGCCGUGCAUGGAGCAGCAGCAGGACGUACGUUCGAGUCGCAGCGAGCGACACACGGGAAACAGCAGUUCCCGAAUCCACUAACCCGUCACCAGUAACUGCGGCAGCAGCAGCAGUGGCAGCACUCAGCGCAUGUAUGACUUUUUCCCGUGAACAUAUUUUCGUUUAUGUAUGAAGUUUGGCCAUUUGCUGGCUCUUUUCGGUCGGUCGGUUCGGUGGUGUGUGCAGGUACUUGUUUUUCACUGUUCGUCUGUCGCUUUCGUCAAGUGAAAUUUGUUGAGCUGAACGUCCGUGGCGGCCAGCGUUGAGGUUUCUUUUGUUUUCGCGUGGACGUGAGUGCAAUCGAAAGUAGUGAGAGGACGGGGACGCGGCCCAGCAGCCAGCAUCACCAUGGCUUGCCUGAAUACGUUGAAGUUGGAAAUAAAGACUUUGGAGAAGACGUUCACGAAGAGCCACGAGCGCUUCCAAAUACUGAACGCCAGCGUCGACGAGCUGACCUGUCGGUUCAUCGGCAAGAACGGGAAACGCUACGACAUCCAUGCAAACAUAACAGAAACUUAUCCAUCCUCGCCGCCCGUAUGGUUCGCUGAGAGCGAGGAGACUAGUGUAACAAAUGCUGUACAAAUUCUUAGUAAUACAAAUGGUCGCGAUAACCAUGUAAUUAAUCAGGUUGGAAUUUUACUACGCGAACUUUGUCGUUUACAUAACGUUCCUUUACCACCCGAUUUGGAUAAUUUGACAAUACCGUUCCAAUUACCGCCAGCAAAUGCAUCACCCGUUCACCCGCAAAAUCAUCAAAUCGAAGAGAUCGAAUCCGAUCCAGAUGAAAUUGAAGAUCCAGUAGGUGAUAGUGAACAAGAGAGCGAAGGCGAUGAAGAUUUACCUUUAGAAAUGGAUGAUGGUAGAAAUGUUAAUAAGAAGGAUGAAAUGGAAGUAGAACAUUUAGCCACCUUAGAAAGAUUACGCCAGAGUCAGCGACAAGAUUACUUGAAAGGAUCGGUAUCAGGAUCAGUGCAGGCGACAGAUCGCCUAAUGAAAGAAUUACGAGAUAUUUAUCGUUCAGAUUCAUUUAAAAGUAACAUGUAUUCGAUAGAACUUGUUAACGAUUCCAUAUAUGAGUGGAACAUUCGUUUGAAAUCAGUGGACCCAGAUAGCCCUCUGCACAAUGAUUUAGUUUUGCUCAAGGAAAAGGAAGGGCGUGAUAGCAUACUCCUCAAUAUAAUGUUUAAGGAAUCAUAUCCAUUUGAGCCACCUUUCGUGAGAGUAGUACAUCCAAUUAUUUCAGGCGGUUAUGUAUUAGUGGGAGGCGCUAUUUGCAUGGAACUAUUGACUAAACAAGGAUGGAGUUCGGCAUAUACCGUUGAAGCGGUCAUUAUGCAAAUAGCUGCUACGCUAGUCAAAGGAAAGGCCCGCAUACAAUUCGGGGCAACCAAGGUAAAUGGUCAGUACAGUCUUGCUCGCGCACAACAGAGUUUCAAAUCACUUGUACAAAUACACGAGAAAAAUGGAUGGUUCACCCCGCCGAAAGAGGAUGGUUAGAACAGUUUGCGCCAUACGUAUAAAAUUUAUCAGAAUAAAAUUAUAUUAACAUUCGUGAAUAUGUUUAAGUAUUAAGUUUAUUUUUAAUUUCGAUUCUGUAAUCAUAACAAAACAACUACAAACCCAACAGAGAUGAUUAGUAUGUGCGAUUCGAUUCCUAAAAGAAUUAUCACCACCAUCAAAAUAGAGGGGAAAAUUCGGCAAUAGAUUUUUAGAUUGGCAAAAAUCCAAGCAAACUAUCUCGAAACCAAUAAUUUAAAAGCAGGAGUAAAUCAUACUAAUAUUAUCCAAAUAGAAUAACAAGCGAUGCAUGCAGAGCAAGAGAGAGAGAUCAGCUAAUAACAUUUUAUGUGUCACAGCAUUUUAUAUCAUUAUUAUCACUAAUUAUUACUGUCAAAGAAACAAGGUUCAUAUAUUAUUUUCUAGUAAACCGAAUUAAAGGAAAACAGAAACGUUAUGUUGAAGAGUAAUGUCGUUUUCAUUUACGUUGUUCUCUUUUGCUUUCUAUUUUCUAUUCUCAUCUUGAACAUGUUCGAUGAUUUUAUUAAUGUGAAUAAAAUGUGUUUUUUUAAUCCGACUGUGAAUAUAUAAAUAAAACUAAAUAAAGGAACAUAACGUGAAUAUGUAAUAAAUAAGAUAGAAUGAAUGAAAUGCUAAGAAAUAGGAAGCAUUAAGUCCCCUCCACGAAAUUGUGGAGGAGAAAGUAGUGUAAUGUUAAUAUAGAAGGAAUCAAACAAUGAAUGGAGACAAGACCGAACAGAUUCGAUAUCUACGUCUUCACUAUAUUGUAGUACCCAUUUAUUAUUCUGGUAUUUGUUUUGUUUGUCACUAUUUCCAUAGUUUUUGAAUAUUUUUCAGCGACGAGAAAAAAAUUGAAUACGUGACAUUGUACUUUAUAUAUACAGAGAAAAACAGUUAAUCGCAUUAGAGAGAUUCGUAUACAUUCAUGAAUUCAGCUGCCGAUGAACCAUAGUUGUUGAAUAAAUAAAAUUCAAAAUUGUAUGUGGAAUUUAUUGCAUUUAUUCAUGAACAGAACAUCUUUUUAUCGUUCAUUUGUCAUCUUUUUAAAUUUUUAAGAACCAAUCGAAAUUUCAUUUUUCCAAUGGCAUAAAAUAAAAAAAAAAGAGGAAAAAUAGUGAACAAGAAGAAUAUAAUAUUAAAUACAAUAUAAAAACAAAUAAUCGAUAACGAAAUCAAGAUAUUUUUCUCUAAAAUUAUAACAAAAAAAAUAAGAACGAAGAAUGCGUUAAAUAAAAUAUAAACUUGUAAAUACAAAGCAAA